CAAAUAGAUGUCACCCACCAUUAACAAGAACAAGAAGUACAGUUCAGUUUAAAAUGUUUGGCGCGAUAGUGUGUAAAUACGAUGCCUCAUCUUAGACUUAUUAUCGCUGUUUUUAUGUUUGGAAUCUUUGACAAAGCUCUAACAGCAGUGAUCCAAACACAGCAGACUGUGCUGGCAGCAGUGGGAGAAGAUGCUGAAUUCAGCUGUCAGCUCUUGGAGACUAAAGACGUCCUUCAGGUCACAUGGCAGAAAAUCUCACCUGAUGUGGAAGCGAAUGUUGCCACCUACAACAAGUACUUUGGUCAGAGAGUGAAUGCUGGAUUUACAGAUAAAUUCCAGUUUAAAUAUACUGGACUACAGAACUGCUCCAUAGUCAUCAGGAAUGUGAUGGAGCAGGAUGAAGCCUGCUAUCACUGUCUGUUUAACACUUAUCCUGAAGGCUCCUUUAUUGGUAAACCCUGCCUCCAAGUCUAUGAGCUGCAUGAACCUGUUCUUGAUGUCAGAGAGUCAAACUCUACUGCAGAGUGGGUUGUUUCCUGUUCAGCCACUGGUCGACCUGCUCCCACUGUAACACUCAGUGUCUCACAACAACACCUCAACUUCUCCCAGUACAACACUGUCAGUGUGUCCAACACCAACGCUACAUUCACUGUCACCACUACAGCUGUGCUCUCAGGUUCACGGAGAAACAGCACACAGGUGGGAUGUGCAGCACGAGUGCUCUCUGCUCCUCAGAUAGAGGUCAUUCAGGUCAUUCCUGAGGAUGAUGAUGAUGAUGAUGAUGAUGAUGAUGAUGAUGAUGAUGAUGAUGGUCUGGAUGAGAAAUCUGGAUCUAAUCACAUAAAUUUAGGAAUCAGGAUUUCAGUCAUUUCGACCUCUGUGUUGUUGGUUUCCUGUGUUGCUGCACUCAUGUUUGUCAGGCACAGACAGACUCUCAGAGCAGAAAACAAUCCACUUCAUUCAAUCGAGGUGCCAUAAGGUCAGAAAGCAGACAUCUUCAAAGAGAGACUGACCACACCGUGAUCCACAGCUUUCAGCUUCACCAGCAACAAAACUCAAUUAUCACCAAGUUUUUUUUUUUUCAUUCUUUGUUUUCCAGGAAAGAAAAAUGCUGCUAAUGGUGACAGGCCAAUAACUGCAGCACUGAAGCAUUCAGAACACAUUAAUGGGUAUUAAUAUAAAUAGCAAAUUUUGGGACUAUUUAUUUAUUUCAUGUUUUCGUAUUUCUUUAAUAUUUGUGAGAAAAUGCUGGUUACAGAAAGUGUUGCUUUGUUAUGUUGUUUGGCAGAUGUUUUGGCAUUAAAUUCAUUUAAAAGAACAUUCUUUUAAAAAUCAGCAGGAGUGAUGAACAUGAAUCUUUAAAACUCAAUAAUUUUGGCUGAUUGAUUUAAACUGCUUUAGUUGAUGUAAUUGCUGCUAAUGCACACAAUCAUAAUGGAAACCUUUUACUGUGACUGCAAAUGUGAGCAGAUUUCUGCCUGAAUCUGCACAAAAUGACAGCUGGAGACAUUUACUGAUCAAUAAAUAAUUUGUACAAAAACUCCACAUAUACACAGUUAAACUCCUGGACUGGGUACUGAAAGCUUUUUGUCAGUCUAAUCAUGUAAAAUCAGACCUCUGUUUUUUCUUGGUAAAUAUUGUUAGUAUCAUUUAAUGUUUUUGAUUGUACAAAUCUAGAAACAAAGCACUGAUUACCAAACAAAUGUUUAAUGUUUAAUGUAGAUUUUAAGAUUCUUCUUCUGUGUCACUCUGACCUCACUGAAAGGCUCCAAAUUAUCUUAUUCUAUUUCCAUGCAGUCUUACAGACAUCCCAGAUGCUGAUGUGUGAGUGAUCUUUUGCAAAGGUAGCAGACUCUAUUCUGUGACGACGGCAGAUGAUUUGUCUCUGUAAAUAAACAUGCAGACUGCUGUCACUCUCUGUACUGCUGACCGACUCCUUUGUAUAAUAAAUCUCAUA